AUGGAUGCCUUAAAACGAGCACAAACUGUACCCACUUUUUCAGUUUAUCCUGAUAAAACCUCUAAAAAGUUUAUCUAUCAUAAUUUUUCUGAAGAAUCUAUGACAAUUUCUAAUACAAUUAAUUUGCAAGAAAUUAUUUCGCCUAAAGAAGAUAGAAAUCAAAUCAUUAAUUCAAUUAUCACACCAUCCUUACCUCUUGAAUCAAUACCAUCCUUUGAGUCAACAUCAUCUUUAUCUCUUAAAUCAGAUGCUUUAGCUCAUAAAACAGGAGAUCAAGUUCGUAAUAAGAUCAGCUCACUUAUCAACAAGUAUAUGGAAGAAAACUCGAACAAAACUGGCAAAGGUGCAUCUAAUUGGCCUUUUUAUACUGAAAUGAAUGAUAUAUUUAGAAAUCGUGAAAACGUAAAUCCGGACUAUUUGAUUAAUAGUACAGGUCAGUCUAUUGACAUAAUCACACAAAGUAAAAAAAUUGAGGUUGAAAACAAGCAAAAACUUCUUGAAUUAGAAAAAGAAAAACUUGAAUUUGAAAAAAAAAAUUGGAAACAUGAAAAAAAUGAAAAAAUCGGUUUAGAAAAGUACAAAUUAGAACUUGAAUAUAAAUUACAACUAGAAUUGAAAACUAGAGAGCUUGAACUUAAAUUUAAAAAUAAGGCAGUGAUGGAAAAUAAGUUGUAA